GAAAUCGUGAAGUUGAUUUACGUUGUUUGAUUAUAGCAAUUUAUCAUUCGAAAUCAUCUUAUAAAAGUUAUCCACCUGGUAUUAAACAAAUAGAUCAUUCACGAACAAUCGAUACGCCUUUUAAAUAUCCUACUUCUGAUGUAGAUUGUGCCUAUGCAGUAGAUGUAAAUUGUAAAUCAGAAAUGUGUUUAUCUGUGAUUAAAUUUUGGGAUGGUUUACAGGCUCUUCAUCUAAUGGAUAUCGUACAAAUUGGUCAUAUCUUAUGUUUCACUGAUUUGCAAUUACGUCAUUGUCAAACAGUUAACACAAUGCCUAAAUCAAAUGAUCAACCUUCCCGUGCGAUUCCCCUUAUUAAUUUACAUUAUACAUCUGCUAGUAAUGUGACAGUUGAAAAACCAAUUACUCGACGUUCUAGUCGAAUUACAUCAACGAAUGAAUCAGAUCCUAAUAUUGUGUCCUAUUUACAACAAGUUGUGAAGGAUUUUCUGUAUUCAAAAUCAGGAUAUGACAUAGAUUUACCAAUAUCUAAUUCUCCUAUGAAUUACAACAAAUCCUUAACUACUUCUACAUUGAACACACCAUAUUCUUCUGGUGUUGGUUUAUCAUCAUUGUUACGCGGUUCCAUUGGUCGUGUGCAAUCAACUCCUGUUUGCCCUACUAUGGAAACUCCAAAAAUGGGCAUUUCAAUGGAGACUUCUACUAAUAGUUUAUAUGUAACUUGUCAGUCACCAAUUAAUUCAGUGCUUAAACAAGAUCUUCCACUUAAAGAGCAA